UUCCUACAUGUAUACUUUUAUAAUGUUGUAUAGUUUGUUUUUUUAAACAUCUGUAUUAAAUAUUUGUGUUUUUUAUUUAUCAGUUAGCUAUGUAUUUGGGUCGGUUAGUUAAUAAGCUAGCUUAGCUUAGCUUCAGUAUCAUGGGUCUGAUGAUUCAUCUUGUUUUCUUUUUUGAGUAACUUCGCAUCCUAGUUUUGUUGUACAUGAAACAUCAAAAUCAUACAUUUAUGUUACUAAAACUACUUUUAAUUCGGAAGCUGCAAACAUUUUAAUAUGACUAGAACGAAAGUUUAUUUUUUCCUUAAGUUUAAGCUUAUCAAAUUUACCAGAAUAGUGCAAUGUUGGACCCAAGUACAGUAUGUGGUCAAAAGUAUGUAGACACCUGACCAGCACACCCAAACUUUUGUUACAAAGUGGGAAGCACACAAUUGAAUAUAUGUUUUGGCCAUAAAGAAAUAAAGCACAACUUUAUUCAUCUCACACUUGUGAAAUUCCUCUCUGCAUUUAACCCAUCUGAAGCAGUGAGCACACACACACACCCAGAGCAGUGGGCAGCCAUGCUAACAGCGCCCGGGGAGCAGUUGGGAGUUAGGUGCCUCGCUCAAGGGCACCUCAGCCCAAGGCCGUCCCAUAUUAAAGGACAUGGGACAUGGAUUUUUUUCUGGGUAUAAUUAUGUAUAAAGGACAUAAGAAAUGCCAUCUAAAUCACUGCAGGGCGUCAAAAAUGUGAAAAUCAUCACAUUAUUCAACUUUUUUAUACAGCGUAAAACAAGGAUUCGUUAAUUAGCUAAGCGGUCACGUGACCCGUGACGUCACAAAAACUUUCCAAGGAGCCAGCGCUUGGGAAUCUAAUGUAAACAGGUUACCGAAAUGGACACCAUCGACAGUGAUAUUCCCGAUGUUUCACAGAGAUGUGAAGUUCGACCCUAUCAAUUCGAACCGAUAGCUGGAAAUUCACAUGAACAUAGAUCUUGUCUUUACUCUGACGGGUCAGAUGAUUGAGAGUGAGGGUUCAUUCAAUCCCCAUGAAACUGAAAGCGGUCGGCUCGAUAACACAUCCUGGUAAGUUAAAAACAAUUCUGCUCAAAGGCUAAUGAUCUGUUGAAAGAAGUAUUAUUUUUGUAUCAUACAUUGAAAGUUCAUCAUAGAUCUAGCUAAAGUCCGUUGCAAGCUAGUUUUUUUUUUUUGGCUGAUAUUUUUCAAGAUUGAUUGAGAUACAAUGCUUCCAGAGUCCGAGAUGAAAACAUUCAAAAUGGCGAAACGAGUCAGAAUUAUGAUAAUCAAUAAUUGAUACACCCAAAAUUAUAAUACUAAGCCUUACCGCAUGAGGCCCAUGGUAAAACCACACUUCCAGGAGGGGCUGCCGUCUGCCUCCCAAGCCGGCCGAGAGCGCUCCUCGUCGGGCACGGCCAGGCGGGCGAAUGCCCUGGUCCGUCCGCCCUGUCUAAAAAAUAAUGGUACAACUCCGAGUGAAGGUAUCAAUGCGCUGUCGAAGCGCGCAGAAGGUGUUAGUACGCCUAUCAUUAUAGUGCGGACUUUCCAUAGCAUAGAAAAUCGCCACGUUUCAAUUUGUGUAACUGAACUUUGUUUCAUGUCACUGGUCAUAUAAACCUAUGUAAACAGGAAAAACGUGGAAGAGUUUGGUCGCAUCUAACUACAGCCCCAAAAAAUACCAUUGGCCAUGCUGAGCCUAGCUACAUUGCUAACAGGAGUGACAGCGCGUCUGACUGACUGGGAGAUCGCAAUACACCAUGAUGUUCAAUGUACGUUAAACACUCUAAAAACGAAACAAUUUUCUUGUCAUCCAAGACACAAAAACUAUUUUGUCGCAUUCGUCAUCAUCACGAUUCACACUUCUCCAUAUUCAUCUACCCGCUUGUGCUGUACCCGAAGGUUUUUGUGACGUAUGAUCACGUGACAGCGGCUCUUCCGGUUGUAAAAUAUGCAUAUCGGAGCUCGAGCAGAAAUGCCAUAUAAUCAUCACGAAUAUAACGAUUUUGCUGAAUUUAAUAGAUAAUUUUGUAUUUGUUGAUGCAAUUUUUUCAUAUUUUUAAUGGAAAGAAACUGAUAUAGCGUGCAUUUAUGUUUCAUGUCCCAUGUCCUUUAACCUAACCGCAUGUCUUUGGACUGUGGGGGAAACCGGAGCACCCGGAGGAUGCAAACUCCACACAUAAAGGCCCCCGCCAGCCGCUGGGCUCGAACCCAGAACCUUCUUACUGAUAUGAAGCCCCUGAGGUCACUAACUUUCCCCAGCCUGAUUUAGGGGUAACUGAAGACAUGGGAGGAACAGAUAUGGCAGAUCCAUCAUUAGCCUAUAGUGCACCUCCAGUGACCGAAGAAGAAGAAAUGGAGGACCAAGAAAUGCCAGUGGAUUUUGAGAGACAGUGGAAACUGGUGAAUGACAACCCACAGGGUUUUAACAGCUGGACUGAUUUAUUACAAUAUUGUGAACAAGAGGGUCAUUUGAAAGCAUCUCGUCAGGCCCUGAAUGCGUUCCUGGCAAGAUACCCACUCUGCUAUGGCUACUGGAAGAAGUUUGCAGAUUUAGAAAGACGAGCAGGAAACAACAACAAGGCUGAGGAGGUAUGUGUGGAAGGACUGUCAGUAAUCCCUCUCAGUGUGGAUCUGUGGAUACAUUACAUUAACCUACUGCUUGGCACACUGAAUAUGAACCUGCCCGAGUCGACACAGCACAUUCGCAGUGUGUUUGAGGAUGCUCUGGCUUCAGCAGGCUGGGACUGGCACUCAGACCACCUGUGGGACCUGUACGCAGAAUGGGAGAAAGAACAGGGGGACCUGAGAGCCAUGACUGCAGUCUAUGACCGUGUGAUGAGAGUGCCCACCCAGCUCUACAGCACCCACUAUGAAAAGUUAAAGACUCAUUUAACAUCAAAUCCACUCCAGGAUGUCCUGAGCCCUGAAGAAUACGAGAAGGUGAAGGCUGAGUACAGGCAGAAUCAGAUUCAGGCUAAGAAAGAGGGAUCCGAUGCUACAGCUGACGAGGAGGAAGAGAGGCCGCCCGGGGAGGACAAUCCUGCAAACGAUGGCAAAGAUUCGGAAGAGGCAGUGCAGAAAAUGCGGGAGCUGAUCUUGGCUAGCAGAGAGGAAACGUAUCAGCAGAAUGAGGCGGAGGUCAGGAAACGAUGGAACUAUGAAGAUGCGAUAAAGAGGCCAUAUUUCCAUGUGAAGCCUUUGGAUCGGACCCAGUUGAAAGCCUGGCACACGUACCUGGACUGGGAGAUGGCUGAAGCUGAGGCAGCACGUGCGGUCACUGAGGGGACGGGUGUGGAAGGUCAGGAGAGUUCAGAGGUCAAAGAGGGCAUCGCUGGCCAUAGGAGGGUACAGAUUCUGUUUGAACGCUGCCUCAUUGCCUGUGCAUUCUAUGAGGAGUUCUGGGAUAAGUAUGUGCAUUAUCUAGAGCCACACAGUGUGGAGGAGACACGCAAUAUAUAUCGACGAGCUUGUGAGAUCCACCUGCCAUACAAACACAGCUUUCACUUGCAGUGGGCCAUGUUUGAGGAGAGACACGGUAAUAUCUCUGAGGCGCAGCGUAUCCUAGAAGGUCUAGAGAAGGCUAUGCCUGGCCUGGCCAUGGUGCGGCUCCGGAGGGCGGGGCUAGAGAGGAGGGUGGGUCGUCUGGAUAAGGCGGAGUCACUGCUAAAGGAGGCAGUUGAGGAGAAUAAAGAUAAGCCACACCUUCAUGCCUUUUACUCCAUUAAACUGGCCCGCUUUCUUCACAAGUUAUGCAAGAAUCCAUCGCGGGCUCGCACCGUGCUGCAAGAGGCCAUCGAAAUCAGUCCGGACAACAGUAAGCUCUACCUGAAUCUGCUGGACCUGGAGCUAUCUGGGGAUCUGCGGCUCAAUGGAGGAGUCGUCCAGCAAUGUGUGAGCAAAGCUUUAGCUGCACCUCUCUCAUCAGAUAAUAAGAUCCUCUUCUCCCAAAGAGGCCUGCAGUUUGCUGAGGAUUUUGGGACCACGGUGCAAAGUGUGCUGAGUAUCUACGAGGAACACCAGAAGCUUCUAAAUGAUCUUGGUCCAAAGAAACGUGGAGCAGAGAACGGUGAUGGUGAUGGUCCAGAGAAAAUGAGUAAAAUGGAUGAUGGCUCUGCUGCAGCAGCAGCAUCUCUACAAGCGGUCCCGCCUACUGUGCCUCCUGUUCCUCCUCCUCCUCCAGUGAUGGGUGGAGAUAUGAGUGGGUAUGGAAGUUAUGGCAACUGGUAUCAGCAACAGCAGUAUGGAGGAUACGGUAGCUACUCCAACCCCUGGAACCAGUACAAUCAGUACUACCCUCCCAGCUAGACGCCAGACGGGUCUGUGUACAACAGUACUCCAUAAUGCAUCACCUUUCAUACACACAUGGCAAGAUCUCACACUGAACACAUUUGCCAUGGUGAGAAGUAGAUGUUUAAUGGAAGUGUGAUUAUACACAUGAGCCGAGUCAGACUUUCUUGACCGUAGAUCGCUCGUUUCAGUGCUUUGAUGGACGGCUAAUUUCCAGCAUUUAUUCAUAUCCCGUGGUCAUGACUGAUUAUAUUCCAGCCUGGGUUUGGUACUUGGUGCAUCUUCUGGACUCUCAAAGAUCCAGACUGAAUUAUAUCUGCCUUUUAAACAGUGGAAUACAUCAUGGUGUAUUUCUGUCUCCUCCUCCCCUAUAUUCUAAACAAUUCUUCUAAGCUUUUAACUUGUCACAAGCGUUAAUGUCUGCGUCAGGUCAUUGGAGCGUGUGUGCGUAAAAUCGUCAUAUUUGGACAGCAAUGCCACAGAAUACAGGUUGCACAAUAGGGUUGUUGCAGUGUCAUUGAUUUGAUCUGGUGGUUAGCACACUACUGACUCUCCUUACCACAUCCCUUUUGUGCCCGGCUGCCUCCGAAUUAACCUUAAAUCAUAUUUGCAGCAACUUCUGUUUUUCGAGCUACAUUAAAAACAGUUUGUCCUGUGGUAAAAGUUGCCACGUCUAGCAGUUUGUAAUUUUAUCAUGCAUGACCUUGCUGGCCAGAACUAAACCAGCCGUGUUGGUAUGUGUGCCCACUGUCUUUAUAACAUGAUAAAUACCGACCCGUGUCAAGAGAUUUUAUAAAAAAGAACAAAAUCUCAAAAAUAUAUUUCGGGAAUUUGAUUUUUUUUCCCCCCUUUGAGUUUUUGUUAUAUAUGGAAGGUUGUGCAAAGAGACACAUACUCUGCACACAUCUUUUUACCAGCUGGCUUUUAUUUUUAAAUGGUUGAUAAAUACUGUAAUUGUCUUACAAUUAAAAUUUCAAACUGCAACACCCCUAUUGUCCACUCAAGCUUUACUUAUGUAAAGGUGUUCAUCAUAAGAUUUGAUUGCUUUUUUUUUUUUACACUUAGCUGUCCAUGUUGUUUCUGCUUGAUACUGCUGCAAAAGACAGUCUUGUUCAGAGAACAUCCUUAGCAUUUGUAAUUUAUUUAGACACGCCCUAUUUUCUUAAGCUUGAGUGGCGUGAGGUGAGAUGAAAUGUGAGAGAGAAGUCUAAUUAACAAAAAUAUAUUUACUGUACAUGCUUUCUGUAUGAGAUGCAGAUACUGUUACAUACAAGGCUUUGUUUCAGAAGUUGUUCUGUGUAAAUGCUUGGGAAACAUCAAAAUUUACUUAUUACUGCAAACAGCCCUACAUCCUAUCUUCACCUUCCAGAUCCAACAGGCAUCCUGGAUGUUUAUGUAUAUCAAUGUUUACCUGCAUUUGUCCUUUUAGGCCAUCUUUUUUCAUGAAUUAAAGAUCUAUUAAAAAAAAAAAAAAAUUGGCGCACCCUUUAA